AUGGCGUUCGCCGUUCGAAGGGCAACGACAUAUUUUGUCAAGAGAUUGCAUUUACGACCAGUAAAACAAAUAAAAUUUACGUUUGAUCCUUACACAAAAAGUGUUGCCUCUGUUAGAGAUACAGCCUCAACACUACAUACACCAGAAAUCUUGGAAACAAACCAAGGGACUGUUAUGAAAUUUGAUGUGAGGUCGGAUAAAACAGAACCACGGAUAGAUAUAGAAUUCAAUGACGGCCACAAGUUGGUGUUUGAGACUUCCAAUCUAUCCCACUUGGAGAUUCUAGACUACAUAUAUGAGUUUGUUGAUGAGAAGGACCCAAAGAAGAAUGAAGCCCCUGAGAUAGUAACCAAGAGUUCCAAAGUUGGCCAAAAGAAGGGUGGUGGCAAAAGAUAA